UAAUGUUAUCCGGAUUUGAUACUGAAGAGGCGAUAAGGCAAGUGUCUUACGCCGAAACAUCGGACAUUUACAGUGUCCCAUGUAAAGGCGGAUUUAGAUCAGACGAGCGAAUGUUCAUUCUAUCCCCACUCUCUUAAAUUUGUUUAGUGCAAACAGACCGAGAGCAUUCUUUCGUUGUUCUAUGGAAUAUUCUAAGAAUGCUCGCUCGUUUGAUGAGCGUGCGACCAGUUGCUUAGAGCGUUCUUGGGUGUUCGGACUUGCUUGCUCCCCGGAGCGGUCUCUUCAAAGCGUUCUUGUGUUCUAGUGGUUUGAAUACAUACUUAUCGAUUUGAUUAUGGAUUGGUCUCAAGAAAAAUGUCUAUUAAUGAUAGAAGCCUACAAAAUUCCAGAUGUCUGUGGGAUCCGACUUUUGAACACUAUAAAAAUACAACUCGCAAACAAGAUUCUUGAGAGGAAAUUGCAAAUCUACUAGAAUGUAAUGUUGAAGAAGCAAAGAAAAAGAUGGACUCGCUUCUUGCAUCUUACCGCCGAGAAAGGCAAAAAACAAUGACUACGAAAUCAGGUAGCGGUGCCGACAGCGUUUAUAAUUCCAAAUGGUUUGCAUAUAAAAAACAUGCACUUUUUGAUGGAUAAAUAUAAACCAAGGAAAACACUAGAUUUCGACAUGAAUCAAAAUAAAAUCAUAGUAAGUAGGUUCUCAUUUAUGUUUAUUUAUUAUUUAAUAAGUACAUAUAAAACCAUUUCGGAAAAUGUGUCAGUAGAAAUUAAUUAUGCAAUAUUGUUUUGCCAUGGCAAAAUAUUCGUGAAAUUAAAAUAGUCUGAAAAUUCAUAUCGAAUAUUUUCACAUAGUAAAGUAUGUCUUCGUCCAAUGUUGGAUAAUGGGAGAAAUGAUGAUAAAGCCUCCAUAUUUCUCCAUUGACCGGGAGUAAUGACGCCAUCUUCAAUUCUGUCCAUAAUGCCCGGUGAAUUGUAUAGCUUUCUUGAAGCUUUCCUUUUCAUUAAAUAGUUAUGUAGGUACACGCAGGUCAUAAUGACGAGAGAAGCUUUAUCUGGUUAUAGUAGCAAGGGUUUUUGCAAUACACGAAAAACUGCUGAAAGUAUGCCAAACGCAUUUUCUACUGUUCUUCUUGCUCUUGAUAAACGAUAAUUGUAAAUUCGUUUUUCAGAUCCCCUGGCAUCAGUACCAGGAUAUGGCUUCAUGAUGUGUCUUUGCAAUGGGAAUGCGUCAUCUGCUACAAAUACAAAUGGCACAUUCUGUUGUCUUUCUGGAAGGCUUUGAUCAUCAGGCAAAUUCAGUUCACUUUUUGUAGUUUCUGAUAGAAAGUAGUGUUUCUGAAAACUCCGUCAUCUGAUAUUCUUCCCUGACAACCAACAUUGGCGAAUAUAAAAUUAUAGUUAGCGUCUACAAUGGCCAUUAAUACCACACUAAAUGUAGAUUUAUAAUUAAAAAAGUUGCUUUCGCUCUUAAUAGGUGCUUGUAUGAUGCAGUGCUUCCCAUCUAUAGCACCGACACAGUUGGGGAAAUUCCACUUCUCACUAAAUUCCUGAGCAAUUGAUAGCCAUGCAUCUUCUGUUGACGGGGUCUGAAAUUAAUAAAAACUACUUUAGGGUUCAUGAACAGGAGAAUGAGCGAAAUGAACAAGGAGCUACAGCGCUGGGCCCUAAUGGAGGUACACAAUCAGACUCGACAACACAUCCGCAACCGGCAGCUUCAGUAGGAGCAGGCAACACGAAAACACAAUCGCAACCAUCAACUUCCUUGGGAUCUGGUCACACGACAAUACCACCAAAAAAAUCCAAACCUGAGGACCCUCGAGUAGUCGAAGCCUAUCGUAUUUUAAAAGAUACAUAUGAAUCAAAGAUAAGGGACAAGAGUCAAGCUUUUGGAAAUCAUGUAGCUUCAAAACAUCGUGAAUAUUCAAACCAGACAAAAGCAUACGUUGAACAUUAUAUAAAUAACAUACUGUUCGAAGCUGAUUUGGGGAAAUUUGAGUUUAGGUCAAGUUCAGCAUCAACACCCAUGUCUUCAUAUUCGGACAGUUCACAAAACACACAACUGCAUUCUGUAAUAACAGAUCAAUCACAAGCCAACGAAAUAACAGUAUUGGACAACAGUUCACAAAGUACUAUAAACACAGGCCAACAAUUACACAUCCCGGAUGAUCCCCUAAGUGAAUAAACUACAGGGUCUUUAGUGUAUUACCUUGACAAUUUCAAGUAACGUUUCUUUUCUAAUAUCUUUUUGUGUUUUCAGAAAAUAUUACUGAGUACUUAAGUUACUAAAUUGUUUAUUUUUUCAAUACAAGUCUUAAAAUUAAUGCGUAUAACUUU